ACGAAUGCAACGCAACGGCUUCAUCGCUACUGACGAUGCCCCAUGCUGUGCUCGGAAUGGAAGUUGCCGUCUCCAAUCAUUCCAUCUCGUCCGUGCGGAUGGUCUGUUCGCCGCAACGGCGCGCAGACCAAUGCGCGUCUGUUAGACCCCUGUUUCGGCCGACGGCGACACCUUAUGUCUUGUAGAUGACUCCACUGCAAUCACCGCACCUUCCCCCUUGCACUGCGGAUUAUCCCACAACGCCUCGCACCUACCUCGAUCACUCUAUGUUGCUCUAGCUGACACCCUUCGUGAUCUUGUUAGCAUUCACGGGGCCGGGAGCCGGUCUCGUGGUGCUGGCGAACAGGUGGCCCUCCCGGCUCGCUCAUGCUCCUCACGCCUGAAAGGUAGAAGAAUCGAGAACCUCGCGCCAGAAAAGUAGAGCGAUCGAGGAUCUCGUGCCAUCACCAUGGACGCCUCCACUCCUCCUCCAGAGAGCAAUGUCACUUCGCCGGAGCAACGCCCGAGCUCGCCCACUCUCAGCGUCUCUCCAUCUAUCGCCCUUGAUGCCGUCCCCCGACUUGACCGUGCUGCAUCUACUCCGACAAGCUCCAGCGUCUCCACUGCAUCCGCUCGCUCCCGUCACAAGCGGAUGAGUGAUGGAGCUGCCACGAUGGUCAAGCGUAGGGGCUACAUGCGUCCCCAGGGAACCGCGUUUGCCGACUCCGCGCGCAAUCGCGACAGCGUGAUGAGUCUGGGAAGCAUCGCUCAUAUGCAAUACUACUUUGCUCGCACUGGACUGUUGGACGGUAAGGGCGCUCAGUUGGCGAAGGAGAGGGAGACGAAACGGAAGCCGUCCAAUAACGGCAAGGAGAACCUGGAACCUUCGGGGGCCGACCUGGACGAUUGGGGAGUGUCUUCGCUCUGCCUCAACGAUACCAAUGCUGCCUAUGCUGGUUCUGAGCUAGGGCCUGUGGACGGUUCUCCGGAAUCGCCAUGCGACGUUUCCGACGCUGGCGACCCCUGGAGUUCAGGCGAAGCUCCUAUGCUCCCGCCGACGGUCAGCACCUACAAACAAAGGCCAUCUUACACUGAACCCUUGCCCGAGAUGUCGGUGUUGAGGCGAGAGUUGAAGGAAGCCCUGCAAGAUGCCUGUAAGGUGUUGGAGGAGACGCAGAAGAGCAGCAGCGAGGAUCAGCACGAGGAAGUGGGCGACGGCUUCUACGAACUGCAAGGCCUGCAUCUCUUGGAUAUCAUCACAUUGGCCAUCCGUGCUGCAAAGAACUACUACACCGCACACACAAAUCCGCAAAAGCUUUACGACAUCCGAUCGGAGAAAAUGAUUCGCUCGGAUUUGUACAAAGCACUUGACGUGCUGAAACGCAUGGCAAGCCGGAAUUUUCGAGGCGGCAUCCGCACUUCGGAGUUGACGGACAUUAUCCUGUGGAUUGAGAGCAUCGAUAAGCUGCUGAAGAAGGAGGAGCAGCGCGAAGAGGAAGAAACGGCGGAGCGAGCGCAGUGGAUCUGGCGGGACGGUGACUGGAGCGGACGGGAACGACAGCGGGAAUGGCUCUUUUUGAGAUCGUUCGACCAGCAGCAACCGCCUCUACCGCAAUGGCCGGAGCUAUCCAGCAACGCGUCUUUCCCGAGUGACUUCCUCAAAGCCCUGCAAGAUGGGCAACGGCUGGUCAAGCUGCAUAAUGCCCUGGUGAGCCGAUCAAAGCGGAACUUUGGUGAGAUCAAAACGUGGCACGAAGACGUCGGCAAGCCGUAUCGCAUGGCGGAGAAUCUCCGCUUCUGGAUCAAGGCCAGCGAGCUGCGGUGGGAAAUCAAGCUGUCCGUGCCUGUGCUCGACGUGGUCAAUGGCAAAGGGGAGAUGGCGUGGCGGGCCGUUGACGAAGCCAUCUUCAAUUGGUCUCGAGGAGUUCGAACCGAAUUGACGGAGGAGUGGAGGCUGGAGGAAGAGAGCGAGAAGCGCAAGGCUCCGCAAGUGAACGUGAGAGGACCUAAUGAGAGGAACGAAGGACUUGGAGAGUCGGGCGAUUGUUUACAGAGUGGUGCUUGAUGAUACUCACCCCCCGCGUCGUCGUUGAUGUAUUACGCGAAGCAGAACUAGGAGAUUGCUUACUCUACCACAGACGAUCAGUGGUGGACGGGUGCCUUAAUGUCUGGAUGGCCAAGGUACAGAAUGGAAUGCGAUGAAACCACGAAGCGCAUUGCCUGUCCGCAUAUUUCUGUCUGUUGAUAUGACGUACGUCGCCGAAGAAGCUCGACGCGAGGCGCGACUGCGGAUUGUGACAGCCGACCGACCCCUGCAGACGCUCGUGCC